AUGGCGGACCCCACAGGGCGGAGCUCGGCAGACUGGACCACCCGAGCCGGCGGCGGGCAGGCCACGCCGUACGCCCGCUGGGCGUCCGUGGUCUCGUACCCGGAGGAGGCGGAGCUCGAGCUCCGCGCGGCCGCCGAGGUGGUGCUCCAGCAGGUCGCUGAGGCUGCUCUGGCCCAGCGAGUCGGAGCCAGCGUUGGCGAGGGCUGCUCCUGCAGCUCGAUGGGUAGGUCCGGCGCCCUCUUUGAAGAGAGUGGAGAAGCACGAGGAUCGGCCGACCAGCCGCCGAUGACGUUCAAAGGGUCGAUCCUGGAGGGCGGCCUGCACGACCAUAUUCCCAUCGUGCCACCGGACGAAGGCCAACGCGUGACAGUGGGCAAGCGUUUGCGCGUCCUUUCGGAGGCUGAGAGAAGACAGUCGCUCAACUCCAAGACGCAGGUCGCUCACCACAACAGCGAUAUGCCCCUCGGACGACAGCUGGAAGACAGUCGCAAGCCAGAGCGGCGUCGCCAUAGCAUCUCCGACGCGGCGCCGGGCUUCCACGAGGAGCCGACGCCGAUGGCGAGUGCUUUCGGCGACGGCCUCGUGCCGGACUGCUCAGGAGGCGCCGCGUCCACUGCCAGCAGCCUGACCGACCGCGUGCCGUGCGGUAAGGUUGACAGCAAGGCCUUCGGAGGGGAAGGUCUUCGCGAGAAACGCGAGCGCUGCCCCGAGGGAGUCGUGGCGUCCCGACAGGAGUCUGCUCGAGGGCGACCCGUGGGCUGA